AUGGAUCUGAACGACAAGGGGGUUAUCAAGAGCACUUUUGACUCGGAGAAGAUCAUGGAUGUCACGCAUGUGUUCCACCUUGCAUUCUCGGGUGACACGACCAACACUUCAAGGACUGUCGCCUCAUGGCUGAACAACCUGGUUGAGGAGUUGGAGUCAGCAGGCAACCCCCUGGAGUAUGUCUUCUUUGCCAGCGGGAACAAGUACUAUGGUGUGCAUCUGGCAGAGCUGCCUGGUGAGCCCAAAACCCCCUUCCGCGAGACAGAUCCCCGCCACUUUCCGCCCAACUUCUACUAUGACAUGGAGGACUAUGCGAUCGAGCGCAAGAAGAAGGGCGCCAAGUGGAACUGGAACACUUACAGGCCAGGGCCCAUCAUCGGAUACAGCCUGGGUUACAUGAACUGGCUGAUGGAGUUUGCAGUCUAUGCCACCAUCUGCAAGGAGAAGAACCUGCCGAUGAGGUACCCUGGGACGCCGCAGGGCUACCGGGUGCUGUUUGACUGCGCGGAUGUCGACCUGCUGGCAGACGUCCAGAUCUGGCUGUCCAAGAACCCGCACGCCCAGAACACCGCCUACAACGUCAACAACGGCGACAUCUUCCGCUUCGAGCAGGCACGCCAGAACUUCUGA